AUGCAAAAGGAUUUUGGAGAUAUCAAAUUGCUUGUAAUCGAUGAAUACAGUAUGAUAGGCAGAACGAUGUUUGCAAAAAUUAAUCUACGAUGUAAGGAUGUGUUCGCAAAUAGUGAGCCUUUCGGAAAUGUUUCCAUCGUUCUCAUCGGUGAUAUACGACAACUGCCUCCUGUUUUUGAUACUCCAUUAUAUGUACAAGGUGGGAAAAAUCAGCUCCAACUGUUAGGAUCUGUAUCAUAUUCUUUGUUUGAUCACUGUGUGCGACUUGAAACAAUCUUUCGACAGUCGGGAGAUGAAGAAUCAGCUUUCAGAGAUGCUUUACUACGACUUAGUGAUGGCACUUACACAUAUACAGAUUGGGAGUUGUUUAACACUCGAGAUUUAUCAGUGCUGACACAUGUAGAACAAAACAAAUUCAAAGAUGUUCUUCAUCUAUUUUCUACCAAGUCUGGUGCAUUAACCUAUAAUCAUAUACGACUCAAGGAGCUUGGGAAGCCUGUUGCACGGAUUACAUCAAAGAAUAACUGUGAUACGGCAACCCGUGCAACAUCUGAUGAAGCUAAAGGUUUACAAAAUAUUCCGUUGUUAUCAAAGGGAGCAAGAGUGAUGUUACGCAAAAACUUAUUAACGAAGUAUGGUUUGGUUAAUGGCUCCAGGGGAGUGGUUGUGGAUAUUGUAUAUGCAGAGGGGAAGAAAUCACCUGAAGAUAUGCCCAUUGCUGUGAUGGUGGACUUUGAUAUGUACACCGGUCCAAAAUUUCGUGAAAGAUCGAAUAUAUAUUCCAAUAACUCCGCAAACAAUAAACUGGAUAUCUGCAUCAGGAGUGAUAUGCCAGCGAAUCCAGUUACCCAUUAUUUUGUGUUGGGCAAUCACGGUUCACAAAAUCUAGGGAUUGACACUUGA